AUGUCGUCUAUUAUCCCUCUCAACAGUCAUCGAAAAGCCUUAAUAGGAUCACCUUCAAACUUCUGGUCGCACUCUACCAAGAAUGGCUUUGACCUCACUCAUCCCUCUACGCACUCGUCACCAACUACCGGGCCCACACACACCAUCCAGACACGAGCUGAUGCCAUCACAAUCGAUCCUUCGAAAUCCGCCCUUGUCAUCAUUGACAUGCAAAACUUCUUUCUCUCCGAAGCUUUCGGCCGCGGCCAAAAAGGUCCUGGUCACAUUGCCUGCGAACAGUUGGUCAAGUACGCUAUCCCAGCUGCACGAAAAGCUGGCAUCAGGGUCGUAUGGGUAAAUUGGGGGCUUACGGAGGAAGAAGCCAAAGAGAUGCCGCCAGCUGUGAAACGCGCAUUUGGUUUUUUCUCCAUUCCGGAAGAUGCAGAUUUCAAAACCGACGACGCUUUUGGACACCAAGAAGGAAGCGUGAGCAUGGAUCGACAUGGCAAAGAAAACCAGUCUUUCUACCGUGGUAUCGGUGCUGACUGCGGGAUGCUCAAGUUUCCAGACGGGAAAACCGUAGAGGGGGGUAAAUUACUCAUGCGCGAUUCUUGGAACGCAGCGCUCUACCCUCCACUUGAUGCCAUGUAUGUCGAAGGCAGCAAGUUGGAGAGUAGGCCUGACGUCUGGAUCCAUAAGAACAGGAUGAGCGGGAUGUGGGGUGCCACGACACCCCUCAAAGAGUUCCUGGAUAAAGAGGGUAUUAGGACCUUGUUCUUCACAGGAGUGAAUACCGACCAGUGCGUGGGUGGAACCCUGACUGAUGCAUUUAGCAAUGGGUACGACUGUGUUCUGUUAGGUGAUGGCUGUGGGACGACCACACCAGACUAUGCGCAGCAGUGUUGGGAGUAUAACGCUGCUAGAACCUUUGGGUUUUGCGCCAGCUGUCAACAGUUUGCCGAGGGCUUGGGUAACUCUUGA